AUGGCCCUCUAUGGGAGAACUAGGUCUGGGUCAGGAGCCUUUCUCCCCCCUUAUGCCCAGUUGCCCAGUCUGAUCCUCAGUGCUUCAGAACAUCCUUUGUGCCACUUGAGGGGAGUCUUCCCUGGGGAAGGCGGUUCAGGGGGCAAGUCUGCAUUGUGUGUGUCUGGGGGAGAGAUUUCUGGGAUGGUCCCAACAGCAUGCAGCAUGCUGUGUAGUGAUUUCUGGCAGGGGCCCUUUAACAAACAGCUGAUUUUGUCCAGCGACAGCCCCACCCCCUCCUUUCAUCUUGGUGUGUCUGAGCCACCCCACUAG